CAAUAUGGAGACCUUGAUUACUGGGAGUUUGAUACGAGCCCUGCGACUCUGUCUUGUUCAGCGCAAGGAGUACCGUGCCCUAAACCAAAUAUUACUGACUCUGCGGUGGUGAUCACACCAGAAAAAGCCUCCUACGAUACGCACGAGACAGUCACUGCUUCCUGCUCAAGCGGAACAUUAUCAGGAGAUGGUGUUGGGGAGUGUUCUGCCAGAUGGAACGUGGGAUUUCACAUCAGAGCCAUCAUGCCUAUUAACUACUCUAGGACCAUUCAGUACUGACAACUUCAAAACUGAAGAAGAGACAACUAUUGAUCCACAACCAGACCCCACCACCAUCACCCAUGCAGGAGCCAGCGUAUCUUGUGAGAGCACGACCAUGACGGUUCUCCUCGACCGAGCCCUGCUCGAGAAUAACGGUGAUGCCACUGACGUCCACUACGAAGACCAGAGCUGUGUCGGGUACGACUACACCGGAAGUCGCAUAGCCGUCACCACCAGAUAUGACGACUGUGAUACUGUGUCGGAGCAAACUGCUGAUGUCAUCAAGUACUCCAACGUCGUGACGUACUUCAAACCGACGGGUGAAAACGGAUCGCUGAUCACGCGUGAUUUCCGCCUCAAGAUCCCCGUCACUUGCGAGAUCAAACGCCGCAGUCUACUCGGUAGCUCCUUCAAGCCCAAACUCGGCAUCGUGAGCUUCAGCGAGACUGGUUACGGUAAUUUCUCACCGGCGUGA